UUCAUUUUAUUAUUAAAACCAUUGAUUGUUUUUGGAUUGUCGAUAAAGACUUCGUGUGCAUUCCCAUGUUUCCUUUGCGAAUCACGUAAAUGUAACAUSAUGACGUCAUAGAUUCUUCGCUAUGCAUCAUGGGCAGGCAUGUUUUGCUAGAGAAAAUMUAUGCUACUGUCAAAUAUUUUGAGCUGCGUUUUUGUUUCUGAAAAUUGUUUGAGACUUUACUAUGAGUUACUCUUUGGGUCGUUUUUCGUWAUUGAUGUAAAUUUCUGCUACGGGCAGGAUGUUUUUAAAGUCAACACAGACUUGAAUUGAGAGCUGUACGACGGACUUCGUGUCUGCCAUUCUGCCAUUGUUGAACAACUUUUCUUGUCAGAUUAUGGAUGACCAUGAAUUCGAUACUAUCAGCUUAGACUCUAAUAUUUGCGAUAUAUGCAACCAAGAUACUGGGGAAGAACUCAUUAAUUGUAUUCUCAACGAUCGGUGUCUUAAAGUAGGAGAUGGUAGUACCGAUGCAGACGAGAACACAGAACCUUUCAAACAAGCUCACAAAUAUUGCCUUGACCGAUGGAAGUCAGUGAUUCAAUCGACUCUGCUUUCUAAAUGCCCAUCGCCUAAACGAUCUUGGAAAGACAAGUUCAAAGAUUUAUUGAACAGAAACCUGGAACACACAAAUAAUUUCGAUGCGUGGGUUCAAGUUGACAAUUCGAAGGCYACGGCAGAGACAACAGCAACUACACAAAUUCUUGGCGAUGAUUCGAUACGACAUCCUGCCAACAAGAAUAAAAACAUUGCACCAUUAACGACAAAAAAGAACAUCUUUCUUACCAGGGAAGAAUAUAGAGUUGAACAGCUAAAUGAUGAUAUUGAAGAAUGUCUUGAAAGAGGACGAAAACUCCGAGUUCGUUCGGUGGACAUUGAGGAUGAAGACGAAUCACCAAGCAACAGUAACCACGACAUACUGGAAAGAGAAGAAAAAUCUUGGACUAAAGAACAGUUGGGCGAUUUUCCAUACAGAGAGUUGCUAYAGAUCUACAAACGCCUAAAAACGAGAAUUGAGGAGACAUCAACCUUGCUUGUYUCAGAGCUUGAAGAAAAAGAUUCUCUACGACAGCAGCAUGACUCUCUAAACACAACAGUUGGUCAGUUGGUUCAGUUACAACAGAAACAGAAAAUCAAAACCCUCAGCUUGCAGUUUGAACAUCAGCAACACCUUACUGCACCUUAGAUGCUUCCCCUUGAAAUGUGGUCACCUUAGAGAGAACUAAGAUCCUUUACUGUGCAGAUAAUGUUUGUCAGAUCAGGGUCCUUAUUUGCUGGUAAUGGACAUCAUGAUAAGAGUCCAAUAGGGAUUUAAGGCGUUUUGAGAAAGGUUAUGUGCUCCAUUCAGGUUUUGUCCUUUGUUUGAAGUUGGAAUUAUUCCCGAUGUAAAUAUUGUAAUAUUUGGAGUAUUUAUUUUAUUCUUAUAAUAUAUUGCUACCACUAGUAAAGUAUUUAUGUUACACUGAAAAAUGUAAAUAAAAUUCUUACUGUACUUUUUAAA